AUGAUGGAAGUUUUUCGCACAUUUACACCCGACUUUGAAAAGAUACACGUUGAUCCCCAGGACUGCUUUUCUGGAGACACUGAAAAGUUAUAUUAUCUUAUGUUAUGUAUCCCUACACACUCAGGGUUUAACUUAGUGACCUUGCUUUGUUCUUUCAGCUUGGAACAUGGAUCUAAGAACAAGGCAGUUCUAGAUCUGUCAACUACAAGUCUGACACCAAAAACAUGUUUCUGUCCUGGGGAAACUGUGAAAGGACUGGCUCAGGGGCUUGCCUAUAACACAUUCUGUCGCAAACUUGAUCUCAAGGGAAACAACAUCCGGGGUGCAGCUACAGAGGCACUUGGCAAGAUGUUGCAGCAUAACAAAUGUCUCAUCAGUUUAUGUCUGGAAUGGAAUGGCAUGGGAAUGCUGGACAACUCCUUUGCUGUAUUCUGCGAUGGGUUGGGUUCAAACACUUCGCUGAAGGCAUUAGAUCUUCGCAACAACCAAAUUAGCCAUGACAGUGUUGCAGAACUGGCAGCCGCGCUGAAAAGAAAUGUUCAUCUGAGGUCUCUGGAUCUCAGAUGGAAUAAUUGUGGCUUACUGGGUGGUCGGUCCUUGCUGGAGAUGCUUCAGAGCAAUAAGACCAUAUCAAGGCUGGAACUGGCAGGCAACAACAUUCCAUCGGACAUCCUCAAGUCUAUAGAGACUGCUGUCCAGAACAAUGCAGACAGACAAACAAUUGUAGAUGAGAAUCAGAAACGAACUCAAACGAUGGCCAAACACAUCAGAGACAUGGAACAGGACAAGAAGUUACAGUUGAAUGAGCUGCUAACAACCAUCGACAAACAGGAAGAUAUCAUGAGGAAGUCCCAGAAGGUUUCAACACAGCACAUUGGCAGUUUGCAGAUGGCACUGGAUGAAAGGAAAGGAGCUUUCAAUUCUUUGGCAGCAAAAUUAUCAAUGGCCGAGACAGAACUGACCUUGUCGGAACAGAAGGUCAGUGAUCUGAACUCCGUGAUAAACAGACUGAAGCUGGAGAUGCAGGAAAUGGCAGUGAGCCAUGUCAAUGAGAUUCACAAGAUGAAAGAGGACAGGGCCACUGAGGAGCUGAAGUUCCUGAAAGAAAUAUCUGAAGGACAGGACAAAAAUAUGCAGCUACAGAGUAAGGUUGAUGACCUGGAGAGGAAGUGUCAUCAGCAGCAGGAACAGAUUUAUGAUCUCAAGGAACAGGUCACACAUUUACAGUCAGAGCUCACCUUAAAGGGUUCACAGUUUGAUGAGCGACUAGCACAGGAAAAGUUGAGACAGAAAGAAGCACUGAGAGACAUGGAGCAGUAUAAACAGAAAGAGAUAGCCCGCAUUAAACAAGAGAGUGAAGAGAUGGAGAAAAUUCUGCGGGAUCGAAUAAACAAAUUGGAAUCACAACGUCUUGAUAUGGAAGAAGAGAUAAGUCGACUCAAAGCAAUGAAUGUGGCAGACAAGCUCAAUGCUGAGGAGCAGAUUGCAUCUAUCAAGCACAGACUCAAGUCUGAAGAGGAGCAGCGCCAUGUGCUGCUGGAGGAGAAGAUCCGGGUGUUGCAGAUUAGCCGGGAUGAGCUGCAGAGCCACUGCAACCAGCAGACGGCGACUAUCACCCAGCUGCAGCACAAGAACAGCAACUUGCAGCUGGAAAUUGAAGCACUGCACAGGCAAAGGGACGAGCUUAAUCAGGAACUAGCACAGAAGAGCAACUACACAAUGGCAGAAGUGGAGAAGGUCAAGGUUGAGCUGACCAGAUGUCAGAACAAGCUAGACCAAGAAAGGGCAACACAAGCAGAACUGAGGGACAAACUGGCAUCUGUAGAUAGCCAAAUGUCAGAACAAAUGUUGAAAUAUCGGAAAGUUGUCGAGGAGAAGGAAAGAGAAAUAGUGUUACUGGAAGAAAAGUUAAAAGGUCGAGAGCUGGAGCUGGUGCGUAUACGAGAGGAAGAAGCCCAGCGUGUCCAGGCGCUUCAGUCAGCCAUUUUAAAUUACGUUGGCAGCAAGCACGGCACAUCUUCUCGAUGA